ACCAACGGCUAGUUAUCCAGGCUUGAGAGCCCGCGAAUUUCACACCACCAUGACCACUCUUCCUUCUCUCUCUUCAUCCUCUGCACUUUCUCUCUCUUCCUCCCCCCUUUUCUCCAGACCCCACCUCUCUGCAACCUCCUCCUCUUCCAUUAGAACCCCUCUGUUUAGAACCCCAAAAACUGAAUUGUGCACCACCAAUGCCAAGAAGAAGAAUCCAUGGCUCGAUCCGUUCGACUAUGGUGAUGACCCUGAAAUGGAGGGUGGCUCUCUUUUUUCAGAAGGAAAGCAAGAGGAAGACCCAAGACCACCUGAUAACCCUGGAAACCCAUAUGGGUUUCUCAAAUUUCCAAAGGGUUACAAUGUUGAGAUCGCAUCUCUUGGACUGAUGCUCAGAGGUGAUGUUAGAAGGUGCUGUUGUGUAAUUUCAGGUGGUGUUUAUGAGAAUUUACUGUUCUUUCCAGCAAUUCAGCUUUUGAAGGAUAGGUAUCCUGGUGUCGAGAUCGAUGUUUUGGCGAAUGCGAGAGGAAAGCAGUGUUAUGAGAUAAAUAAGAAUGUGAGGUUUGCUGAUGUAUAUGAUACUGAUGAUCCCUUUCCUAUUCCUGCUGAGUACACAGAUAUGAUUGGUCUUCUUAAGGGUAGGUAUUAUGAUUUGGUUUUAUCAACCACAUUAGCUGGCCUUGGGCAUGCAGCAUUUCUCUCCAUGACAUCGGCUCGUUCUACAGCGAGCUAUGUCUAUCCAAAUGUAAAUGCAGCAGGUGCGGGGUUACUAUUAACUGAAACAUUUACGCCAGAAACUUUGAAUCUCUCUGAAGGUGGAUAUCACAUGUAUCAUGAAAUGCUCGACUGGCUGGCGAGACCAGCUCGAAAUGUGCCAAGACAAACUAUACCUCCACUCAGGGUUUCUUUAUCGAGGAAAUUGAAGGAGUUUGUUGAGGCUAAAUACAAGAAGUCUGGUGUUGAGAAAGGGAAAUUUGUGGUCAUUCAUGGCAUAGAAUCUGAUUCUGCAGCUUCAAUGCAGUCGAAGGGGGAUGCUGAUAGCUUACUAUCUAUCCAUAUGUGGGCUGAAAUAGCAAAGUCAAUUAGGGGUGCUAAUCCUCUCUUUGUAAUCCCACAUGAGAAGGAGAGGGAAGAGGUUGAAGAAGCUGUCGGGGCUGAUGCUAAUAUUGUUUUCAUUACCACACCUGGCCAGCUUGCCGCUCUUAUAAAUGACUCCGUGGGAGUAGUAGCAACGAACACAGCUGCCAUUCAACUUGCUCAUGCCCGUGAUAAACCUAGUGUUGCAUUAUUCUCUUCGGAGGAGAAAGGGAGACUCUUUGUUCCAGAUGCUAAGGAGAAGAAGUGUGUACUUGUCUCAUCAAAAACCGGGAAGCUUUCAGAUAUUGACCUUGGAGCUGUGAAAGAUGCAGCGCAAGCUUUGGAGGGGUCCAUGGCUUUGGUCUAGAGAGAUAACAAGGAGGUUCUUGAUGAUCAAUAUAUCUAUCUAUAAGGCAUGUCAAUUACCUGGUUUUUUUAACUGUAAAGUGUUAGGGCAGAAUUAAGAAGCUUUUUUAUCCAUUAAAAGUUGCAUGUUUUCUUUCUGUAUGCUCUCUAUAAGGAGAAAUGCAUGAGGUCACUCAGUUCAAACCAGCUGGUUGGGCUAGUUCUAUCUAUUUCCUUUUUGACAAUGAAGUAGCCAAUUGUGGACCCUUUUGACGAUUUCUAGUCUGGACUAAAAGAAAGUGCAUACAAGUUGGAACCAGCCCGAACUUGCCCAUGCAAUUCGCAUACAUUGAUUUGUAUGGCAAAGUCAAAAUGGACGUACUCCAUUAUGGAUGAUACUUGCUGGAUGUGUAAUUGGGCCAAAACUGUCGACUCCAGGCCUUAAAUUCAAGUAUUAGUGGAUAUAUUUAAAUCU